UUUUGGUCGCGGUAUCGGUCGAUUUACGACAGUAAUAACGUUUACGUUCUCGGAUCGCGUUGCAUCGCAAUAGUGAUAUCGCGAGCUCGUCGAGACGGCUAUUGAGGCUCGAACGGACGUGAUUAACGCGAUUGCGACGAACGCGUGGACAGAUAUAUAAUCGGCAGACGAACUUACACCGUGUCACCUUGCAUGAAGAGUUCCGGCCGCUCCGUCAGGAGGUUAUCUCUUAACCAGAACAGCAGUCGCUUCAGGGUCCCUGGGGAUUUUCGUGUCGUUAGCGAGGGAUAAAUCGAAUCGCGCGUCUUUUUAACGCGGCCUACUCACAUUCAUCGCCAGCUCCCCACGAUGUCGGACAACAGCGAACACCCGCCCGACGACAACGAGGCGGAGACGAAGACGAUAGAGGAUCUUCCGAACGAUUCGUCCAAGAGCGAGGUGAAAUUAAUGAAUCGAACAGACGCGGCUAUGCUGGAGGACGAGGAGAUGCCGACGUACAUCAGCGUGUCCAGCACGUCGAGACGCGACGACUCGGACGUCGUCAACGCGAAACAGCAGGAGAAUAUGCCCCAGGAGAGCAUGUCCCAGGAGAACAUGUCCCAGGAGAUGGAGGAAGAUUGUAGUCAAAGUCCUUAUCAUAGUGAUAAUCAGGCGCCAAGCAGUGUGUACGUUUUGUCAUCCGAAGAGGAUAUGGAUCAGCAUCCUUAUAAUGAUGAAGACGACGAAGAUGAAUACGAUGGCGACACUGAUGAUAUGGGAAAUUUGGAGCUUGACAAUGAAUUGGAUCCAGAAGAUUCAGGUAAUAGGAGACAUUUGAUGGACGAAGAAGAUGAGGAUGAAGAUGAUGAGAUGGAUAAAAGGGAUGAUGAAAAAUGUUUACGACAAAUACAUGAUGAUGAUACAAUGGAUAAUAAUUUCGAGCUGUAUUGUGAUGGAAGAUCUGAUGAUUUUGUCUUAAAUAGAAGACUAAAAUAUCCUGACAAGGAAAAGAGUCUUUCUCUUCAAGACUUGAAUAUGUCCAAGAACAAAAUUGAAUAUAUACAAAGAAAAUAUUUGUGUGAUCCAUAUAAUAAGAAAUUUAUGAACGUUGCACAAGAGCCUAUAAUGUAUUCCGUGUUACAGAAAAAGCAGUCGACAUCAGAAAAAUAUCAUCAUGUACAAAGCAAAGUCAAACUUUAUAUUAAAGAUGUAAAAGAACAAAAUAGACGUUCCGCAGAAAAUCAUAUGAAGCAGAAUCAGGAAGAUACGAUUCAUAACAAAAGUAACACUAACCAUAAGAACAAUGAUGUAAAAGAGACAAAGCUUACAGUAACCAACAAGACAAUAAAAGAUUAUGCCGAAAGAACAAUUAAAGAGUUGGAAACCGCAGAAGCAUGUGAGGGAGAUAAAAUAACUUUCAGUACUUCUCCAAUAUUAAAUGGUCAAGAUAAUAAAAAUUAUUUAGAAUCGAUACAUGAGGAAUCUACACAGGAUGAAAGAGAUCCUUUGAACAUUACAAAAAAGAUGCAAAAACAGAAUGGAACAGUUGAAGACAAACAAUUAAAGCUUAAUUUUCCUGAAGCAGCAACUUUUAAUGAAGAAGUCUCACAUUAUGAAAAUGCUAUGCAGCCAUCUUCUAUUCCAAAUGGUCAUCAAGAAGAAUCAACAGUACUUUUUAAUUCACAUACAUUAAAUUGUGAGGAAUUUGUGCACAACAUUUCUAAUCCUAGUCAAAAAAUUGAUCUAAAUAAAAAUGCACAUGUUACUAAGCAAGAAAAUAUUCAACCUGAAACAUACAAUAAUGCAGAGCUGAUGGAUAUGUCCAUAAAUAAUGAUGAUACAACUUGUCUCUUAAAAAUUGAAAACAUUAAGAGCAUUAAGACAAUGUCAGAUGAAAUAAAAAAUAAUAACGAGCAAGUAAGCUCAGGCAAGAUAAAUGAAAAAAUCCAGAACUAUAUUGCCACAUUAAAAAAUGAGUUAUAUGAAAGAGAUGUAAGACAUGAUAAGUUGUUCAAUGCAUUUCACGAACAAGUUAUGGAGAAUAUAAAAUUAAAAGACAAAAUAAAAGAGCUGAAGAAAUCUUUAGCAAAAUAUGAGAAGAAAAGCAAACCUCCAGAACAGAAAGUUGCAUCAAUUCAAACAGAUGACAUUAAAACAAUUGCACCUGAAAAACACCACAAGGAAGCAGAAUCUACACACAUAAAGCAAUCUAAUAAUAAAAUAUUAGGUAAUAGUGUCGCCUCGACAUUAAGCUCUAUAGAUCAGUGGAGUGAUGGCGCUUGUAAUUUAUCGAUAUCGAUGAAACCACCUGAAGCAGUAAAAACGUUACAUUCUGAUGAUAGUAUAAUGUUGACCAAUGGUACACCAGCAAAAACAACUCGAUCACUAUCUCGCACAUUUAUUACUUCGUCCCGAAUCUUACAAACUCUUUCAAAUAUUACACAAGGAAAAACAAAAUUAGAAAGUCCUUUGGUACAAAAUUCAAAGAGAAGAUUAAGUGAAAAUUCAAUGACAGAACUGCAAAAUGAUGAUGGUAGAUGUCAAGUUGUCAAUGGUAGUUGUCGACCAUCUAGCUCUAAAAAAAGAAAGAUUGAGGAUAUUGAACCAUCUAGUUUUCUAUCUUCCAAAGCUUAUGAAACUGCUACAGAAUCACAUCUAAAGUUAAAUAAUUUACCUAAUGAUUCACAGUUUAAGCAUCCAUGUGAUUUGGUAAAAGAGAAAGUGGAAUCACAAGAAAAUUCUUUUAAUAUCAACACAAGCCAAUUAGAAACUUCUGCUUCUAUGGAAGAAAAUAUGGAAAUGUCUGAUGAUCAAGAUGAUAAUGUAAAAUGCUUCGUAUAUCACGAGAGUGAAAAUAGUAAAGAUCAUAGUUUUCUAAUCAUAGCAAAAGAACCUGCAAAAGAAAAGACUGUUAAUGAAAAAAGACGAGAAGGUGGUCCAUACAUAGUUGGUAAUAUAGAAGUAAGAAUGUCUGAAAUUAAUGGAACAAUCAACAUUUGGGGAAAAGAAAUCAGUCAAGAAUCGACAGCCGAAACUGGAAUAGAAAAUGAGAUAGAAAUAUCUACUAAAGGGAUAAAUGAUAAAAAAUGUUUUUGCUUACAAAAGACACCACAUACCAGGUUUAAUGGCAAUAAUUUAGUAUGUUCGACAAGUAAAAAAUGUAAAACUCCUCCUACAUUUGACCUCUCUUCAGCCGUGUCUAAUUUUUCAUGCACACAUUCACCUUCAUUUAAUAUGGCAAAAGCAUCCUGUUCAACAGAUGCACAGAAAGCACAUGCAAAUACCCUACUUAAUCCAAGCAUAUGUGUUUCCUCUUGCGAAGAUUAUGAAUUGUCAAAAGAUCAUAAAGAAUGUUCAAAACAUAAACAAACACAUGACCAAGAAAAAUUACAUUCCUGUUGCAUUCAUAAUGUAGAUUUAUUAGAGCAGAAUUGUUCCUUACAUAAAGAAAAACAGAAGUUUGAAGAUAAUUUUAAUUGUAGCAAAGAAAAACUAAACACCAAGGAACAUCGGCGAAGUUUUUCAAGAAACCUACAACCUAACAAGCAUUUACAUAAAAAUAUUGUUAAUUCUACCAUAGAAGAACCUACGUAUAAAUGUCAAACAGCAGCAUAUCAUGACACGCUACAUGAUCCAAGAGAAACUUGUCAAGAGAGUCAUAAAUGUUGUAACACAUUGAAAGAGACUUGUACAUGUGAGCCGCAAUCAAUAAGUAUAGAUCGAGAUUGUAACGAGUCGUGUAAUCAUCUUUCUCCUAAUUUACGUGACGAAGAACCAUUAAUAACAUUAAAACAAUGUAGCGAAACACCAGAGACAAGACGACGAAGAUUAAGUGGGAAAAGAGUGCGAGGACUCCUAAUGGACCUCAUACGAGGAUGCGGAGAUUGUUACAAUUCCAAUCCAUCUAAUAGUAACAAAAACUUUAUGCACAAGAAGGAAUGUUAUUUAACGAAUUGUCCUCAACAAAUCAAAAUUUCGUCAUGUACAUCUCCGGAACCAUCAUGUUCAAACUCAGGACAACCUGUUGGAAGAUGCUGUCAUGCUUAUGCACAGCGAAUUGAAUCUCAGCUGGAGGAAUUUCGAGUAGAAAUGGAAAGAGUGCGAUCGCGUUCGGAUGCUAUUCUUAAUAUGCUCAAUAUGCUUCAUUCAGAUGCGAACUAAAGGAAUUCAUAUCUCUGAAUGUUAGGUGUUACAGGUAUCUGAGCGGCAGGCCCUUUCAACGCAAGUCCCGGGGUCACACACGUCGAGGGUGGAGGUGGACAACAAGCACAUGGUGCACAAGGUCCAGUACACUUGAGCAAUUUACGUUGUUGUUCCAGUUGUUGCCGCUCUCGUUGCACAUUCGCUAACUCCAUCUGCAUAUUAC